CGCAGCAGUAAUGGACUAGCCGAUGAUAAGGUGUACACCGUAUUGCUCACGUUCUAUAAUCUGCAGUUCAGCCUAUAGAUUUAGUAUAAUCGCAAUUUUUACCUCAAGUGCAGUGCCAACGGUUGCCAUCGUGUUCGGUUUAGUGAUGCGACUUAAUACAAAACAUAAGGUUGGAUUGGGAGCAAUGAUCGUUUUGGCUUUGGUAGGACUCGCACUAGGUCUCGUGCUGGGACUGGACAGUGCUAGUGCUCAGGAUGAACGUUCCUUCUCCAUCGAUUAUGAGCGGGACACGUUCGUGAUGGACGGGAAGGAUUUUCGGUAUGUGGCCGGAUCGUUCCAUUACUUUCGCGCUUUGCCCGAGACUUGGCGAACGAAGCUGCGAACGAUGCGUGCCGGGGGACUGAAUGCGGUUGAUUUGUACGUGCAAUGGUCAUUGCAUAAUCCGAAGGAGAACGUUUACGUGUGGGACGGAAUUGCUAAUAUAACCGACGUUUUGGAGGCGGCAGUGGAAGAGGAUCUGUACGUCAUACUGAGACCUGGUCCUUAUAUUUGUGCCGAGAUUGAUAAUGGUGGUUUACCAUACUGGCUCUUCACAAAGUAUCCCGGUAUCCAGGUGCGAACCAGUGAUGCCAACUAUUUAGAAGAAGUUCGAAUUUGGUACGAAAAUCUUAUGCCCCAGCUCACAAAAUACAUGUACGGCAAUGGUGGUCCCAUCAUUAUGGUUCAAAUCGAAAACGAAUACGGUGCAUUCGGAAAGUGCGAUAAAAAUUAUCUUAAUUUUCUCAAAAACGAAACAGAAAAAUACACAGAAGAUAAAGCCAUUCUGUUCACUGUGGAUAGGCCGUACGGCGAGGAAUUCGAGUGCGGACAGAUUCCGGGGGUUUUCAUCACCACCGACUUUGGGUUAAUGACGGACGAGGAAGUUGACAGUCACAAGACCAGAUUACGGUCGGUUCAGCCGAAAGGACCGCUGGUGAACACUGAAUUCUAUACUGGAUGGUUAACGCAUUGGCAGGAACCGAACCAGCGGCGGCCAGCGGAACCACUGGCAAAUACUUUACGCAAAAUGCUGCAGGAUGGAUGGAAUGUCGACUUCUACAUGUACUUCGGAGGAACUAAUUUUGGAUUCUGGGCUGGGGCCAACGAUUGGGGUUUGGGCAAGUACAUGGCCGACAUCACAUCCUAUGAUUAUGACGCGCCAAUGGAUGAGGCAGGUGAUCCGACAAUGAAGUACACCGUGUUCAGAGAUAUCAUUGGACAGUACAUCGACUUGCCGGUAAUGAGUGUUCCUGAUUCAGCUCCAAAGAUGACACAUGAACCGGUUAGCAUGGAUCAUGUAGAUCGUAUAUUCACCGCUAAUGCACGAGAAAAGUUGGGCUCUGAGCCCAAAACAUCCGACCGCUUGUUGACAUUCGAAGAGUUGAAUCAAAAUUCGGGUUUUGUCCUUUACGAAACUUCACUGCCCAAAUUUACUCGCGACCCGAGCCAACUGACCGUUGAGGGUUUGCGAGAUCGAGCUCAAAUCUAUGUAGAUGAGUUUUUCGUGGGAACCCUCUCCAGAGAAAACGCCAUUGAAACACUACCCAUUUCGGCCGGUUGGGGAAGCAAGUUAUCGAUUUUUGUCGAAAAUCAAGGUCGCAUUAAUUUCGACAUACUUGAUGACUACAAGGGAAUUCUCGGAAAUGUAACUAUUCAAAUAUACGAAGAGCCAUACGAGAAGAAAUUAUCGGGUUGGACUAUUAGCAGUUACACUUUCGCGGAUGUCUCUAUGUUAAAGCAAUUGAUAGAUUCCACAACUGAUGGUCUAGGGGUCAAUAGUAGAGGAAUUUGUAUCCACGGUCCGGUAGUGUUCAAGGGUGAGCUCAACAUCAACGCGACAGAGAUUCACGACACGUACAUCGAUAUGUCUGGAUGGGGAAAGGGUUUUGUUUUUGUCAACGGAUUCAACCUGGGACGAUAUUGGCCGGUAGCUGGACCACAGGUCACACUGUAUUUGCCAAAGGAACUUCUACACGAGGGUUCGAACGAAUUAAUUCUGGUGGAGCUGCAAAGAGCACCGACUGAUAGAUUGAUUCAUUUCUCCGACCGUGCCAUACUUGAUGAGGUUUAAAAUAAAUUAAAUCGUAUUCGAAGUAUUGGUCGUUUUCAACCCAUGUAUAAAUUCUAUGGUAACCCAUGGAGAAAAUGAUGAAA